AUGGACGAUGAUGAUAGAGAUUCCAAUGCCAGCUCCGACAAUGACCAAGAUGAAGUCAUGGAGGACGUGGACGACGGCGAUGCCGACCCCGAUCAGGAUAAUGACCCGGAGGGAGACGGCGACGUAGACGACGACGACAAUGACGACAACGACAACGACAACGAGAACGACAACGAUGGCGAGGACGACGACGAGGACGCUGACGAAGACGAGGACAAUGCGGACCAGACCGGGACGCAAGGUGUUGGCGAUGCCGCAGACGCUGAUGCCGACGGCGACGGUGGGGACGCGACGGGCGGGCCCGAGAUCAAAGUCGAGGACGUGGACGAAAAGAUUGCUGAUCGAGGUGUGGCGGGGACCGACGGCGCGGAUGGCGGCCACGAGUAUCAAUGCUAUGGCUAUAACGCCCGACCUGAGGUACUGGGUGACGGGGGCUCGGACGGCUAUAUCCGCAAGUACAGCGGCUUCGAGACUAUCAACGGCAAACAACUCCUUACCGUUGCCCAGAGGCACCCGUUCGUCGACAGCGUCGUCAAGGCUGGCGCGCUGGUAUCGUACUGGGAGAACGAGGAGCCGCCUCAACUCUCAGCCAAGGGCGGGCCCGAGGAGCACGUCACAUCGCCCGUCUACUCCCUAGCCAUCCAGGCGCAGGCUCUGUGGUUGCUGUCCGGUCUCGAGUCCGGCUGCAUCAACCUCCAGAGCGUGCGCCACGACGAGGGCAAGCGCAUCCACUACCUCAAGCAACACACCAAUGCCGUCAGCGUUCUAGCGUUGUCCCCCGACGAGACAACGGUUCUGAGCGGAAGCUGGGACAAGCAGAUCCUCGACUGGGACCUGAACCAAGGCACCGUGAGCCGCUCUUUCACCGGCAGCGGUGGCCAGAUCUCCGCUCUGGAACGGCGGCCCGCGCGGGGUGAGCCUUUCUCGGCCACCGCCGCCCACGAGCCCCUGCCUAGCGACACCUUUUCGACCGACGAGCGCCGCGGCCUAUCCAACGGCGGCAUGUUUUCCGCGGGUGGCGGCACGAGCGGCGUCUCAGGGACGGAUAUAGGCAUGGGUUUGGGCAACGCCAACGGCGACGCCGGGGAUGCCAUUGGCGAUGCGGCAUCACCCGCCCAUGAGUCGCUAUUCGGCGGUAGCGAUGCUGGAUCGCUCUUUGGCGAGACUAUGGGUGGAGGUUUCGGCGGGGGCGGGGGCGACGAUGACGACGACGAGUUCUCACACGCCAUUGGCAUGUCCCUGGAGGGCGACUCCAUGAAUGCCGGCAACGCGGACGGCUCAGCGGACGUGACCAUGACGGGGAUCGACAGCAGCUUGGACAUCACUGUCGACCCUCCAAGCCAAGACACGGCGGGAGCGAUAACGGCGACAGAUCGCCUAAGCGGAACCGAGCUGGAGAGCGCUUCUACCGCUGCCCCCUUUGGCGGAACGCAAGACACGACGUUGACCCUGGGCACACAAGACACAUCCACAUCCCUCCCCACCAGCGGCUCGCCCCGGCCGACAGACACGGCGACGUCGUUAGACGCGACGUUGCAAGAUUCCUCCGCCACCUCCGCCACCCUCGUCGCCAGCGAACCCGCAGGAGACGGCGAGGACCCGGCCCCCCUUUCCGAAGCGCCGGGCCCCUCCAACCUCGUCUUCGCCAACGACCCUCCACCCUCGGCUGCCGAGCCCGGCCAGGUCUCCGACACGACCUUCUUCUCCGCCAGCAUGGACGGCACGAUACGGGUCGCGGGUACCCCCUGGUGCAUGGGCGCGUGCUGGUCGCCCGACGGCAACCGCAUCUACGCGGGACGGCGUAACGGCGUGGUGGAAGAGUUUGACAUCCACAAGGCGCGGCACGGGUGGGCGCCCGAGCGGUCGCUCAAGUUUCCCGCGGGCAGCGGCGCCGUCAGCGCGGUGCGCGCGAUGCCCAACGGGCGGCACCUCAUCUGCGCGUCGCACGACAUCCUGCGGCUCUACGACCUCGAUCACACGGGAUCGGGGGCUCCGGGCAAGCAGUCGGCCGUGCCGUUCCUUAUCGUGCCGGGUCCGCCGAGGGCGGGCGUCAUCUCGGCGCUGUGGGUGGACCCCACGUGUCGGUUCAUGUUGAGCGCGGCGGGGACGAGGGGAUGGGAGGGCACGUCGACCGAGGUCUUGAUUGGGUACGAGAUUAGCGUGCCGUCGGAGUCGUAA